AUGCGACUCCUCGACAGGUCUGCGUCUCGAAACACAAGGCGUAGAGCAUUUUAUAAGGCCUUAGGCGUCGAGGAAUGCACCCGAAGCACAGUGUUCGCGAAGAUCAAAGAGAGCCAUCAGUCCCAGCCACCAGCUUGCGAUGCAAUUGCUGAUCUCCAGUAUCUGUACCAUCAACGCUACGAAUCAGAUGACCUCAAGAGCUGGAUUUGGGCACCUCUGACAACUGGCAGCGCCAUCAAAGCU